CAGACGCGCAUGUGCGGGGCGCGUCGAGUUUGGUUUCGCUUAGCAACCGGAUGAGCGGCAUUUGAAGCACGCAGAGAUUACAGAGCCCGAGAGAUUAUGCGUAGUAACCUUCUUAAAUCGAGGAAAAACGAAGCAACGAAGGAGGGAUCGCCAUCGGCGUUCUUCAUUCGCGGGCCAUGGUGAUGACCUCGCGAUCCAAUGCACUUCUUUGCCCGGAGGAUGCCUGCCUAAAUGUGGCUGACUGGAGUGAGCGAGUGGAGAAAGGUGGAGAUAUCCUGAAGCGUGACUGAGCGUGGGGGUUCUCUCUCUGUCUAAGCGGCCAUGUUAACUAAGAAACUCGCCGCCGCCGCUGCUACCGUCUACCCGACUGCCGGAGAGGAGCCCCGCCCACUACAGUCUUCCCCUGGGGUUGGUGCGGGGGAUCUCCUGGCCACCACUCAGAUUGACCCUCCAUCCCCCAUCUCACUGCCACCCCUCAGGAAUAUCAACACGCACUCGGUCAGUGGCAAUAAGCACAUAAUGAAUGACCAUCUGCGCAUUGGUAACCACCAGCAGAUCCAUGUUCAGCAACUUUUUGAAGACAACAGUAACAGCAAGAGAACGGUUUUAACGACUCAGCCUAAUGGUAUCACGCCAGUAGGUAAAUCCAGCUUGCCGUCUGUCCAGGAGAGGCAAUUGGAAAUUGCCCAGAUGCGCCAGGGAAGUUCCAGUUCUCUUAAAUCUUCAGAUGGGACAGGGAAGUCAAAAGCUUCUCCAAUGUCACCAGAGCAGGCUAUGAAGCAAUAUAUGCCUAAACUAACUGCAUUUGAGCACCAUGAAGUCUUCAACUACCCUGAAAUCUAUUUUACGGGUCCAAAUGCAAAGAAACGCCAAGGUGUGAUUGGGGGUUCCAACAAUGGUGGGUAUGAUGACGACCAGGGCUCCUAUAUCCACGUUCCCCAUGACCAUAUUGCUUAUCGCUAUGAGGUGCUGAAAGUCAUUGGCAAGGGUAGCUUUGGCCAAGUGGUUAAGGCCUAUGACCACAAGAUGCAUCAGCAUGUGGCCCUAAAGAUGGUUCGCAAUGAAAAGAGGUUUCACCGGCAAGCAGCAGAAGAGAUCCGCAUCUUGGAGCACCUGCGCAAGCAAGACAAGGACAACACCAUGAAUGUCAUCCAUAUGCUGGAGAGCUUCACAUUCCGCAACCAUAUCUGCAUGACAUUUGAGCUACUGAGUAUGAAUCUUUACGAGCUGAUUAAAAAGAACAAGUUUCAGGGCUUCAGUCUGCCUCUGGUCCGUAAAUUUGCCCACUCAAUCCUGCAGUGCUUGGAUGCUUUGCACAAAAACCGAAUUAUCCACUGUGACCUUAAACCAGAAAAUAUUUUGCUAAAGCAGCAAGGUAGAAGUGGAAUUAAGGUUAUUGAUUUUGGCUCAAGCUGCUAUGAACACCAGCGGGUCUACACCUAUAUUCAGUCAAGGUUUUAUCGUGCACCAGAAGUAAUUCUUGGCUCAAGAUAUGGUAUGCCUAUUGAUAUGUGGAGUUUGGGCUGCAUCUUAGCAGAGUUGUUGACAGGUUACCCUCUCUUACCAGGAGAAGAUGAAGGGGACCAAUUGGCAUGCAUGAUUGAGCUCUUGGGCAUGCCAUCUCAAAAACUGUUAGAUUCAUCUAAAAGAGCCAAAAAUUUUGUAAGCUCCAAGGGAUAUCCUCGGUAUUGCACUGUCACAACCUUGCCUGACAAUUCCGUGGUUCUUAACGGUGGGCGUUCUCGUAGGGGGAAAAUAAGAGGACCUCCUGGGAGCAAGGAAUGGGUGACAGCUCUAAAGGGCUGCGAUGACCCACUUUUCCUUGACUUCCUAAAACAGUGUUUGGAGUGGGAUCCAUCCCUACGUAUGACCCCAAGUCAGGCCUUACGACAUCCUUGGCUUCGAAGACGCUUGCCAAAACCACCAACUGGGGAGAAAACCUCCUCUAAACGGAUCACAGAAAGCUCUGGUGCUAUUACGUCAAUUUCCAAAUUACCUCCAACUUCAGGCUCUGCAUCAAAAUUAAGGACUAACUUGGCACAGAUGACUGAUGCCAAUGGAAAUAUUCAACAGAGGACCGUGUUGCCAAAAUUAGUCAGCUAAAUGUUUAAAAAGUUAAAAUUAAAAAUCGGUUGAUGAGGAGUCAAUGAAGAUGUCACACUGAAAGAAAAUAAAGAGGGAAUACAUUUAAUAAUAAAUCACUGAGCCUUAUUUAAUUGGAAGUUAAAAUUUUGGACUUAUUUGUUUAAUUAUUCACUACAAGAUACAUUUUUAGCACUUUUUUUCUUUUAUGAAAAAAUUUUCAAAUACAUAUUUAUUAAAAUAUGCUGGGGACAGUCCUGUAAAUCUAGCUUGAGACUGAGGUUGUUGACAGCCAUUCGGUCUGUGUUAAAAGUGAAGCAAAAAGCUGGCAUCAGUAUAUUUUCAAUACUUUUUUUUUUUUUUUUUUUUUUUAAAUAUCCCCUCAUUAAAAUUUAGUGGCUGGCCACUAGAAUAUUUUAGGAUUUGAAAACUGUAUUUAUACUCCUGACACUUCUCUCUGUCUUUCUCUGCCUUAGUAGUGUAUUCUGUUUGUUAGCUGUAAACAGUAUAUAGAUAUAGAGGACACAAUUUAGAUCUGCCAUAUGCUACAAAGAUCAGACAAGGUUGUCUUUGAGCAAGUAUGUGUGAUUGCGUAUUUGCCUUUGGUAAAAUUCUGCAUUAUGCAUAUGUUGUUUCUCCCUAAUAGUUGCUUGUACAUGAUUCAUACUGUGAACUUGCUGGCCUAUUUACAAAAGGGCUUUAUAUUAAAUAAAAUAUAUUGUAUUACAA